AUGGCAGAAUCAUCAGAGCCCGCAUAUGUUGACCUCGUCAGGCGCAAACAAGCCCAGCUGAAAUCUGGCAUCCCCGCCGAAUGGAGACUCCCGGCCCAUCUGAUUCCCGGUGAUAUGUUGUCCCUUGCGGAUUCCAUCACCAACGCCAAACAAUACCAGAGAGUCAAUGUAAUAGAUAUCCCGAGAAAUUCAGGCCUGUUAACGCCGAAGGACCUGGAGAUUACCGAAAAUUUCGACGUCUGCAGGCUUCUAUCCCAGAUAGCCGAAGGAAAGUCCAGUGCCGAAGAAGUGGUGAGAGGAUUCUCGAAGCGAGCCGCCAUCGCCCACCAAGUUACCCGGUGCUUAACUGAGCCUCUCUUUGACAGCGCCCUACAGCGCGGCAAAGCGCUGGAUGAGCAUCUCCAACACACGGGGAAGCCAGUCGGCCCUCUCAACGGUCUCCCAGUGUCAGUGAAAGACUGCUUCCGAGUGAAAGGCGUCGACGCGAGCAUCGGCUUGACGGCGCUAGCAUUUAAACCCUCCACCCUUAACGCCCCGCUAGUCAGCCUCCUGCUCUCUCUCGGCGCAGUGAUCAUUGCCAAGACGAAUGUCUCUCAGGCUAUGGGAGCCCCUGAUAGCUGCAAACCUCUUUGGCCGGACCCUGAACCCGCUCAACCGCCAGCUCACCGCUGGUGGUAG